CUUCAGUAGUCUCAGGGCCUCAGUGUGUGUAUGUAUGUAUGUGUCUGAGUGUGUGUGUGUGUGUGUGUGUGUGUAUGUCCCGUUCUCGGAGCCGUCCACAUCUCUUCUCUCUCCCUCUCUCCCGCCCACCGUCCGCUCAAUAAAUUGAAUUUGCCGGGAGAGACGGAGGAAGAUGGCGGCCACUGACCGUUCCCGGUCCGAAGCUGCGAAGCAGCGGCGGCAGGAUCAGCUGCGGCGGUGGCAGGGCUCGGAGACGGACCUGACCGGCGCUGAAAUGCGAAGUCGGGCUCUGAAGUCUGCCAAAGUGCGCUUCGCUCAGGGCGCCGUGUUUAUGGCCGCCUGCUCGGCCGGGGACCGGGAGGAGGUAGCCGAGCUGCUGAGACAGGGAGCGGAUAUCAACCACGCAAACGUGGACGGGCUCACAGCGCUGCACCAGGCUUGCAUUGACGAGAACGCUGAGAUGGUGCAGUUUCUCGUGGAGAGCGGUAGCGAAGUGAACCGAGGGGACAACGAGGGCUGGACACCCCUCCAUGCAGCUGCUUCCUGUGGCUUCAUCCAGAUCACUAAGUACCUGAUAGAGCACGGCGCACAGGUGGGAGCGGUGAACAGCGAGGGGGAACUUCCUUUGGAUGUGGCCACAGAGGAAGCCAUGGAAAGGCUGUUAAAGGCAGAGAUCAAAAAACAGGGUGUGGACAUGGAGCAGGCAAGGCGAGAGGAGGAGAGAGUGAUGAUGCAGGAUGCCAUGGCUUUUUUGGCAGGAAGUGGUUCUCUGGUGCCUCAUCCCAACACUAAGGCCACCCCGCUGCACGUAGCCGCGGCUAAAGGCUACAUCGAAGUGCUCAAGGUGUUACUGAAGUGUAAGCUGGAUGUGGACAGUAGGGACUGUGAUGGUUGGACACCUCUGCAUGCUGCUGCUCACUGGGGGCAGGAGGAAGCAUGCAGUCUCCUCGUGGAUCAUAUGUGUGACAUGAACGCUGUCAAUAAUGUGGGUCAAACCGCUCUUGAUGUUGCCGAUGAGAAUCUAGUGGACAAGUUGGAGGAGCUGCAAAAGAAGCAAAAUGCAAUGCGUACAGAGAAACAGAAGAUUCAGGCGCCAGUUAUUGAAACCAGUCCACCCAUCUCUAUGGCACCAGUCCGUCCUCGCAGGACGUCCAUCUCUCGUAUGAGCAGCAAGGAGAAGAUCACUUUGCACGAGAGAGAGAAGCACCCUCCACCCGCCCUCCAGACCCCACCCACGGAGGAAGAAGAGGAGGAGACAAACACCCAAAGCCGCCCAGGUGCACCGCCCAAAGCCUCCAGCAGCUCCAGCUCAGAGGAGGAGAGCGAAUCGGAGAGCGAUGCUGAAUCAGAAAAGGCAAAAACAAGGGAGUUGAUCAACAACUUGAACAACAAGCGCAACAUUGCUGCUCCUGUAACGACCACGACCACCGCCAGCAGCACAACAAACCAGGUUAAAAAGCCGGAGCCGACACGGCCUGCAGUGAGUGAGGCUCCGGGUUCAUGGAGGACAUCUCUGCGCAAAGCGGGCAGCUCAGUAACUCUGGGAACCUCAGGCGUGUCUGAUGCAGCCACGGAAAACCAACGGGCCACCGAAAACACCUCAAGCAUCGGGAUGUCCCGCUCGGCUUCCAGUCCGAGACUAAGCUCCGACACUGACGCAAAGGAGCCCAGGUUAGCUCGAGUGCAGCCCACUCCGUCCAGACGCCUGUUCAGCGUUGGAGACAGCAACGCCAGUAGCACCUCAGACAACCCCAGCAGCUGGUUGAGCAGGAGCUCCUCAUACACACGAAGGCUAAACAGCCAGUCAGGCAGUGAGCCGGCAGCACAGAACCCCUCUUUACCUCGCAGCUCAUCUUAUGGAAGGAAACUCGAUGACCCUUCAGUGACCUCCGUCACCACACAGGGAACAUUUGGACUCAGUCGCCUCAACAAUAUAGUGGCUCAGAGGUUAGCUCAGGAAGAGUCCGAAAAGAAGGAACCCGUCUCCACGACAACAACUACGACAACAGGCGAGCAGGAGACUAAGCAGAGGCGGAGAUCAUAUCUGACCCCAGUACGUGAUGAAGAGGCUGAAGCUCAGAGGAAAGCUCGCUCCAGACAUGCACGUCAGUCCAGACGCUCUACUCAGGGUGUUACACUUACCGACCUCCAGGAAGCAGAGAAGACAAUAAAGACCGAAAACAAGGGAAAAGAGAGGACUAAGGAGGAAGAGGAAAAAGAAGCGAAGCAGAAGAAGGGAGAGGAAGGGGAGGUGAGUUGGAGGUCUCGUAUUGCUAACCUGCAGAAGUCGGAUCUGCUGGGACUCACUCACCCUCCUGGUGCACCUCGUCCUGCUGACAGGAGAGAUGCUGAGGACAGCUUGGCUGAAAUCGAGGAGCGAGCGAGGGAGAGGAGGAGAGCGAGAGCUCGGAGGAGAGAAAGAACAGGAGAGACUGAAGAUAACGAGCCCAACGCAGAGUACGAGAGCAGCGGUGGGCCGGACCCACAGACAGACAGAUACAUAAGCAGCAGGUCUAAUCCAGCCCUCAAUGACUGUCUCAUGGCAGGGGGAUCAGACGUUAAGGAUUAUAAAAGGUUGUUUGAGAAGUUGUCUAGGGAGAACACUCAGCUACAGGCUCAGCUACAGGACACACUGAGGAGUGUGUCUGUGACUAGAAUGGAGCUGGAGAAAGCAACGCAGAGACAGGAGAGGUUCAGUGACUGCACUGCUCUUCUGGAGUUGGAGAAAAAGGAGAAGGUGGUGUUGGAGAGACGUGCAGCGGAGUUAGAGGAGGAGCUGAAAGUAUUGGGGGAUCUAAAAGCGGAUAACCAGAGGCUGAAGGACGAAAAUGGAGCACUCAUCCGAGUGAUCAGCAAGCUCUCGAAAUAGACAAUGAGAAAGCGCAAGUGAACGAAGGAGAGGGAGAACAGAAAAUAGACAGAGACUCAGAGAGAGACAAUCCACCCCUCUUCCCCCCAUCCUCACAUCCUCACAUCCUAUGCCAAAGAAUUAGCUGUGUGUGAGAAACGGAACGAAAGAAUGAUAGAGCAUGUCACUUUUUUUUAUGUGCACCGUUUAAACAAACUGCAUUUUGACCUGAUCCCUACCUGUCUGACUGAGGGUGUGUGUGUGUGUGUGUGUGUGUGUGUGUGUGUGUGUGUGUGUGUACAUGCGUGCACAGUAAGCUACCCCUCAAUACAUGCACAUUCAGUAUGAACUCUGUUUGCCCCUAUGUUCGGAGACUAGUUGGAAAUGAUAUAUGCACACACUUGGCAGGCUUACACACACACUCACACACACACAGAAGGCAUACACAGCAUUCACAUGAGUGCCACACACAUUCCAAACCUCUCAGGCUCCUUUAGGUCUGCAGUAAUUUUGCACUUUGCAUACACUUCUCACACACACACACACACACGUGCUGAUUUAGUCUCUUCUUAUGUGAGUUGCCAAUUCUAUGACCACUUUGUUACCCAGUACUGGCUGAAAGUACAGCCACACAGCACUACAAUCAAUAAUGAGACCAGUACACUUCACACACACACACACACACACACACACACACACACACACACACACACACGCACGCACACGGUCGGUGACAUCGGUGCAAACCCACUUUACUGUUGUGCACAAGCCUAUCAUGCUAUGCAUUGUGUAUUUUCCUACACAUAUUGAUAUAAAGGUGAAGAAAUAGAAUAUUGUUUUCAUGUGUUUUCGUUUGCAUCAAUUCCUCGCACCUGGUGUUCGGCGACGAGGAUGGUAACUUUGUUUAUUAUAUAAAUGGACAAAUAUUAUUCCCUUAAAAUAAUAAUGCCGUCAAAAGUAAUGUGAUACCCAUGUGUUUUUAAUAUAUAUAAAAUGAAUUUCAGCACUUAAUAAAAGGUUGUGUGUA